GUCCGAGGGUUUUAAAACCUCCAUGCUCCACAUCACUUCCAUCACCACCCAAGAGCAAGAGAACUCAGUCCCAGAAACAGCUAUGGCGGACGGAAUGACGUCACACAACGGCGAGCUCAACAACACUCACAUCCAUCAUGCGAACCGGCUGGCGGUCACGCACAUGAGCUUCUACUGGGGACACAGCGUGAUCGUCCUGUUCGACCACUGGCCUGGGAACGACCCCGCCAUGUACGCUCUGGCCAUCAUCUUCAUCUUCUGCCUCGCUUUCCUCGUCGAAUUCCUCCUUGGCUUUGAGUUCGCCAAGCCGGGCGCAACCAAAGUCGGGGCUUGCCUUUUCAAGACGGGGCUUUACUUGGUGCGAUCGGCAGUUAGCUACAUGGUGAUGCUUGCAGUCGUGUCAUACAAUGGCGGCAUAUUCUUGGCUGCAGUCGGCGGCCACGCUGUGGGUUUCUUGAUUUUCCGGAGCCGGCUGUUCGGUAAGUGUGACGGGGAGUGAGGUUCGGGUUAGAAACCAGCUAGGUUUGCUUCUAUGUUAAUUCUUUUGUAAGCUCGCCUCUAUCCUUGAGUGUUCUCUUUGGCAUCAAGCAAUAAACGUAACUACACUAGUAGCAUGAUUCCCAUGCA